GUGGCACGACGAAUAUAUUUUUGACAUUACAGAUAUUAUUUUUUGACCAAUUUUCUUUGUUGUUGUCAUUUGUUAUUUUAAAUACAUCAUUGAAAGCCAAUCCUUUGCUUCGAAUUUGGAAACAAAUACAAUUUUCAGCGUAAAGAAUUUUGCCAAAUAACGAAAUUGUUAAUAAGCUGCAAGUGUUCAACGAAUUUAUAGAAAAAAAACGAAACGAAUCGAGUCGAUUGAACGGUUGUUGAUCGAAAAUAUUGUAUUCCCCCCACUGACAUCGUAGUGUGUGUAUACCGAGUAGCCAAACAAGGACAAAAAUGCCACGAGCCAAAUACGUAAAUCACAAGGGCCGAAGCCGUCAUUUCACCAGCCCCGAAGAGCUGGAAGAGCAACGCAAGAAGAAAAUUCAAAGAGCUUCAGAUGAAGAAUCAUCGGAAGAAGAAGAAGAAGAGGGAAGUGGCAGCGGUGACAGCGACUCAUCGGGAAGUGAAUAUGAGGAUGCACACAAGAAGAAAGGUGUAUCGGGUUUAAUUGAAAUUGAAAAUCCAAAUCGUGCCGUAAAGAAAACUGCCGAAAAGGUGACAAAGAUCGAUUUGAAUGCGGCGGGCUCAUCGAAAACGGAACUAUCACGACGUGAACGUGAAGAAUUGGAAAAGCAACGGGCUCAAGCACAUUAUCAAAAAUUACAUGCUGAGGGUAAAACGGAACAGGCACGCGCUGAUUUAGCCCGUUUGGCUAUUAUUAAGCAACAUCGUGCUGAGGCAGCUGCUCGACGAGAGGCCGAGAAAAAAGAAAGAGAAACGAAGAAAGGUGGAAAAGCUUAGUUCAAGCAGAUUUGGUUACUAUUUUAAUUACAAAUGUACUAUUUAAAUUCGCCGAAUCCAACACGUAAAGAGAAAUUCUACCAUCUAACCGUAAUUGUUGCUCAUUUCGUUUGAGUAAUGAAACUUUUUUUUUUAAUGAUGAUGAUGAUGAUGAAGAAGAAAACAACAAAACUCUAUCUAGCAAAAGAAGAAAAAAUAUUUAAAAAAACGUAAAUAGGCAGACAUACAUUUCUCUUUUUUUUUGUAAUAUCUCCAUCAUAUUGCACGAUAUCUGUUAAUCGCAAUUUCGUAUGGAUAUCAAUAAUUUGAUGUAAAACAAAAAAUGUUGAAGAAAAAAAAACAAAUAAAGAGUAUCUACUGAAAAUCGUG